AUGUCCGCCGUGUAUCUGGAUUCAGUGCCUCCGUCGCCCACCACCCGGAAACGACUAUUCACACCAAGCCGAGAAUCUUUCUUGAAGGAAGACCUGCUCGAUACUCAAACUCAUGGCGAUGUGUUGGCCGAUUCGUCAAGUUCAUCGUCCUCGCCGAUCGCCCGCUUACGACCAGUCUUGUCAGCACGGAGACCUGUCAGGACAUGUCUAUGGAUUCUGGGGGCCCUGGCGGUCUGGACUUACCUUUACACCAACUCGGCCCUAUUCUUCCCCCAAUACACUCGUCCUGCUCUUUCUCUGCCGCCCGGAGCAAUCUCGAUCGAUACCAUCGUCAACCUCACAGAACAACGCCUCUUGCAUCUUCAAUCCGGUUUCCGGGCAGAUCAGACCAAGGCCGAGCUCAAUGUAGACAUCCCCUACGUUUCCCUCCCGAACUACCGGGACGAGCUCAGAGGGUUCUACGAGGACUAUUUUGCGAGACCGCAUGACGACAAACACGGCACGAUCUGGGACGUGGUGGAAGAGCGUUUAAGCUUGUUCCCAACGGAUGGCAAAGGUAAAGGCAGAAUCCAUCAGGAAAGCGCAGGGAACAGCCUUAAAGGUGGCUUGCCCAAGGCGAUCUACGCUACCUCUGUGAAAAACGAUCUGCCGUUCUUCUUCUACAGCUGGGCAAAUGCAAACCUAGACUGGACGGUGUCCUGGUACGACGACCGCGCCAUUGCAGCCUGGAUCAAAGAAAAGUUCAAGGCGUACGAGGAGGUCAACCUGGAAAGACGAAGAAAGGCUUUAGCUCAGGCUUUGCAGAACGGCGACUUUGAUGAAGAAAAGGAAGGAUACGAAGGCAACUUGUUGGGCUUCAUAGAAGAAUUUAACGCGCUUCCUCGCGGAGUCUUGAGAUCCGACACAUUCCGAUACCUGAAACUGCUCAUGGACGGCGGAAUUUACACCGACAGCGAUACUUCGUGCGUUCGACCUUUAUCUGAAUGGCCUGGGCUACAAAUACCUUCUCCCAACGCCCAUAUCCUCUCGGACCCCCUCUUUACCCUUGCGCCGUAUCUCCUCUCACUGUCCCCGGACAAGAAUCCUACGAACCCGAAAUCCGAAGAAGAAGCGCCUUCCAGCCAACUCGCAAGCGGAAAAGCGGAUGCAGGGGUCCUGAACGGGGAAAUGCUACAAGAGGCCAUCUCUGCGAAUUUGGACGACGCGACCGAGCUGCCAGCGCUAGUACUGGCAGUCGAGUUUGACGCUCCGCACACUAAAGCGGAUUGGAAAAAGCGAGGGUACGCUCGGAGCAUGCAGUUUGUUCAGUGGACGAUGGGCGCACAACCUUAUCAUCCAGUGUAUCUGGACGUUGUUGGACAAAUUCUGCGAUACUCGGAACAAUUCCGGAUCAAUCAGACCGACCUAGGUUCCGGCACUGAUUUCAACAGGCGCAUCCUGGAUUGGACCGGACCAGGCAUCUUUACCGAUUGUGUCUUCCGGUAUCUCUUGAACCGGUACGGCAUACACCCGAAACAGCUGUCUGGAAUAAAUCACCCGGUGAGGAUUGGAGACGUCUUGAUCUACCCGCUCGGAGCGUUUCAAAGCAAAAGCUGGAACGGCUUUCAAGGCGACUAUCAGCUCGUGUAUCAUCAGAUUCUGCAUCGUUGGCACCACGACAAAGAGGGGAACAAAUAGGACUAGCACUUGCCACCCGACGUGGAGGAUCAUGUAUGAGCACACAGAAGUUACGCAUGUUCA